AUGGAUGAAGGAAGAAGAGGACGCCUGCGGAGGUCCUCGCCUCCCAUUGGCCAGAGGGAACCAAUCCCCAAGCUCCAAAACAUGGUCGCCUCUCCCACCUCGACGGCACAACACGAAAGAAAGCCGAGAAAGACAGGACCGUCGCCCACAAUCUCCAUUUCCUUGUCACUUUUCCACUGCCAUACUUCCUUCCUCUUGGCUUUGACGAGCGCGACAGGCGAUACACGCCACGACGACGUGCGAGUCGCGCUUCACGCUUCCCCAUCACAGCGCUUGCCACGCUCUGAUCCGACGAAACCCAAGAAUCCCCGUCCUGUACUCCUCACACGCUCGGGUAUAAACCUCGAGACGUAUCUAGCAAACAUGUCGCUGAACGUCUACUUGAACAAGCGCGUAUCCGUACUUACCCUCGACGGCCGCACCAUGGUCGGCACCCUCCACUCGUGCGACAACAGCAUGAACCUCGUGCUGCAAAACGCCAUUGAACGCAUCAUCCGGCCGCGCGAGGAGGAAGUGCCAUCCGAGGAAGUUCCACUGGGACUGUACAUUGUACGGGGGGAUAGCGUGGCGGUAGUCGGACGGCUGGAUGAGGAAGUCGAUUCGAAGAUUGAUUGGAGGAAGGUGCAUGGGGAGGUGUUGGGGAGUACGCAUCAUGUUUGA